AAGAUGAAGGGGAAGAUAAAGGGAAAAAUGAAAAGAAAGACAAAGGGGAAGACAAAGAGGAAGACAAAGGAGAAGACAAAGGAGAAGAAAACAAAAAAGGAUACAAAAAAAUAAAAAAGAUAAAACAAAAGGGAAAACGAAAAGAAAAACGAAGGAGAAGAUGA